AACCGGCCCAGCCAACGUUGGGUCUGCAUAACCCUAACCUAGAAGUGUCAUUUCUCCUUCGGCGGCCGCCGCCUGUUGUUCCCCUUCCGUGUUCAUCGUCCGUCUCCAACUGAUCCGCCCGGCGAUCGUCAGAUCCAUCUGAGAAAAUCCGCUCCAGUUAAAUCCAAUCCAGAUGGAGCUAGCUAGGAUGGAUCCACCCGGCGUCGAGCUCCCCAAGAGCUGCCUCCUCGCUAUCAAGCCUGUGGUCGCCGAUUCCACCAACGCCACCUACCAGACGGAGCACCCGGAUGACUCUCGCGCGAUCUCCAUUCAGGUCAGCUUGUUCGUCCAUCCUUUUCAGAUGGGAAGAUUCACAACACUGUUCUACAGCACCAUCUCUAGCCAUCUCAAUAUAAGUGCUGCAGCUUCAGGUGCAAAGGGAGACCUGGAAUGGCUAGGAACGCACCGUGAACAGCAAGGCGGCGUGGGAGCUUAUGAUGCGGAUGACAAGGAGCUGGAACAUGUGAAGCCGUGUCUGAUUUAGUUUAACACUGAUGAAUGCCUACAUCGAUUUGCAUUGUGUUUGUCAAAGUUUGAUUGUGAGAGUUUUAUUAACAUAUUGGUGUGCACCGAUCCAGGAUUGUUGUUAUAUGGAAGAAAAACCACCGACAUUGUGUUUGUCCAUUUUUUAUGUAUUAAGAGGUUUCAGUA